CUUGCUGGGCGCGGGCCGUGCCGGGCCAGGUCGGGUCCGGGCCGCGCGUUCACUCGCUCGCCCCCCGCCACCCGCAGCUGGACGCCGACCGCCGACCGUGGGGAUGGCGACGCGGGCCCCGCCACACUCGGGUUUCUCUGGAAACCCCCCUGGUAAGUGUGGAGGAGGCGGGACGCUGUGAUCCAAGACAAAAGGCCUGGAGUUCCAGCCAAAGAAAAUAAACCUAGAGGGAGAAGGAAAAGAAAUCCAUCAGCUGUUGCUGGAGCAGGCCUCAGCGGAACCUGCAGAAGGGGCGGUGCCGCGAGGGGAAGCAGCUGCAUGUGGACUGAGGAGGAGACAGUAAGUUGCGCAGGCCGGAAGGCCUGGACUGGGUGAGGAGUUGGUGUGCGCUCCGAAGUGAGGUGGCCAGAGGGAAGAGUGAAUGUGGCCCGGAGUGUGGCCUUGGCUCCACUGGGUGUCCGUUCCUUUGGGGCUGUCGGGGACCUCAGCUCCUGUGUUGUGCCAGGGAAGGGUGCAGGGUUGGGACUGAGGAGGGUAACCUGCCGGCUGGAGUGGCAGAACAGUGGCCUUGAUUUGUCUUUCGGAAGAUUUAAAAACCAAAAAGCAUAAACAUUCUGGUCCUUCAGCAAUGCUUUCUCUGAAGAAAUACUUAACGGAAGGACUGCUCCAGUUCACCAUCCUGCUGAGUCUGAUUGGGGUGCGGGUGGACGUGGAUACUUACCUGACCUCACAGCUCCCCCCGCUCCGGGAGAUCAUCCUGGGGCCCAGCUCUGCCUACACACAGACGCAGUUCCACAACCUGCGGAAUACCUUGGAUGGCUACGGGAUCCACCCCAAGAGCAUAGACCUGGACAAUUACUUCACUGCCCGUCGGCUCCUCAGUCAGGUGAGGGCCCUGGACAGGUUCCAGGUGCCAACCACUGAGGUAAAUGCCUGGCUGGUUCACCGGGACCCCGAGGGGUCUGUCUCUGGCAGCCAGCCCAGCUCAGGCCUGGCCCUUGAGAGUUCCAGCGGCCUCCAGGAUGUGACAGGCCCAGACAACGGAGUGCGAGAAAGUGAACCCGAACAGGGCCUCAGUGAGGAUUUGGAGGAUUUGGGGGCUGUAGCCCCUCCAGUCAGUGGAGACUUAACCAAAGAGGACAUAGAUCUGAUUGACAUCCUUUGGCGGCAGGAUAUUGAUCUGGGGGCUGGGCGUGAGGUUUUUGACUAUAGCCAUCGGCAGAAGGAGCAGGAUGUGGAUAAGGAGUCUCGAGAUGGAAGAGGCGAGCAGGAGGACACCUGGGCGGGCGAGGGCUCAGAUGCUCUGGCCCGGGACCUGCUGGUAGACGGAGAGACCGGGGAGUGCUUCCCUGCACAGUUCCCAGUGGACGCCGCCAGCCUCCCAGAAGCAGUGCCUAGUGAGGGUGAGCCCCCUGCCCUCCAGAACAGCCUCCUGUCCCCUCUCCUCACGGGGGCAGAGUCACCGUUUGAUUUGGAGCAGCAGUGGCAGGAUCUCAUGUCCAUCAUGGAGAUGCAGGCCAUGGAGGUGAACACAUCCGGCGGUGAGACCCUGUACAGUGGCCCUCCCGGGGACGCCCUGAGCACCAGCUACAGCCUGGCCCCCAGCACGGCCAUCAACCAGAAUGUCAGCCUGCACCAAGCGUCCCUGGGGAGCUGCAGCCAGGACUUCUCGCUCUUCAGCCCCGAGGUGGAGAGCCUGCCCCCUGCUGCCAGCAGCCCCGUGCUGCUCCCGCUGGUCCCCAGCAACUCCACCAGCCUCAACGCCACCUUCAGCCCCGGCGGCCUGGCUGGCCUUUUCUUCCCGCCCCAGCUCAACGGCACCGCCAACGACACAGCCGGCCCGGAGCUGCCCGACCCCCUGGGCGGCCUGCUGGACGAGGCCAUGCUGGACGAGAUCAGCCUGAUGGACCUGGCCAUCGAGGAGGGCUUCAACCCGGCGCAGGCCUCGCGGCUCGAAGAGGAGUUCGAUUCAGACUCGGGCCUCUCCCUGGACUCCAGCCAUAGCCCUUCGUCCCUGAGCGGCUCAGAGGGCAGCUCCUCCUCCGCCUCCUCUGCCUCCUCCGCCUCCUCCUCCGCCUCCUCCGCUUCCUCCUCCACCUCCUCUUCCUUUUCUGAGGAAGGAGCCGUGGGCUACAGCUCCGACUCAGAGACCCUGGAUCUGGAGGAGGCCGAGGGCGCCGUGGGCUACCAGCCUGAGUAUUCCAAGUUCUGCCGCAUGAGCUACCAGGACCCGUCGCAGCUCUCCUGCCUGCCCUACCUGGAGCACGUGGGCCACAACCACACCUACAACCUGGCGCCCAGCGCCCUGGACGCCGCCGACCUGCCCCCCGCCGGCGGCCUUAAGAGGGGCGGCAAGGAGAAGCAAGCCGACUUCCUGGAGAAGCAGAUGAGCCGGGACGAGCACCGCGCCCGCGCCAUGAAGAUCCCCUUCACCAACGACAAGAUCAUCAACCUGCCGGUGGAGGAGUUCAACGAGCUGCUGUCCAAGUACCAGCUGAGCGAGGCGCAGCUCGGCCUCAUCCGCGACAUCCGGCGCCGCGGCAAGAACAAGAUGGCAGCGCAGAACUGCCGCCGGCGCAAGCUGGACACCAUCCUCAACCUGGAGCGCGCCGUGGAGGACCUGCGGCGCGACAAGGCGCGGCUGCUGCGCGAGAAGGCGGACUCCCUGCGCUCGCUGCGGCAGAUGAAGCAGAAGGUCCAGAGCCUGUACCAGGAGGUGUUCGGCCGGCUGCGCGACGAGAACGGGCGGCCCUACUCGCCCAGCCAGUACGCGCUGCAGUACGCGGGCGACGGCAGCGUCCUGCUCAUCCCGCGCGCCAUGGCCGAGCAGCAGGCGCACGCGCGGCGACAGGAGCGCAAGCCCAAGGAGCGGCGGAAGUGAAGCGAACGGCGGGUGGAACUGGAGCGGGCCGGGCUGGCCGGGCCUGGGCCUGGGCCUGGGCGGGACUUGGAUGCCUUCUUCCCCCAUAUAUCUAUCUUCUCAGAGGGAGGACGGCGGGAGGCGGCCGCGUGACGCUUUGGGGCUGGCUUCCGGGCGGUGGAAGCGCUGGACCUUCGGGCCGGGCCGACCCCUCCAAGCGAAGGGAGGGCGGCGCUGGCUGGUUUCCCGGAGGUGGAGGUGUGGCGAGGGGCGGCAGAGGGGGCCGGAGAGGAGGGGGAAUGCGGUCUGUGGAGGAAGCGGGGGAGGAAACCCCAAACUUCCAAGCGAGCAGAAAAGAGGAAGGGAAGGUUGAGCUCUGGCCCGGAUUCCAGGCAGCGGGUGUGCGGGGCUCCAGCGGGCCUAGGUGUGGUGAACCCCCAACCCAGGGUCCGCAGACCGGGGCGGCGGGGGGGGGCGGGGGCGGGGGCGGCUGUCAGGGGCUCGGUCCCCUCUGCUCCUUGCACUCUGGCGCCCUCCAGGGCAGCCUGCCUCUUUGUUUCAGCUGAGUGGGAGCCGGGCGACACUGGCUCACUGGGUAGGGCCGGCCGGGGCAGAGGCCCCAACACCAAGCAUGUCCUUCACUGCCCUGCCACUGCCACCUCGCGCCCCGCCCCGCCGUCCUGGUCCUGGUCCUGCCGCGGUGCCCGCGUCCCAUCCGCCUGCAUGGAACCGCUGCACUGUACUGCACUGUACCAUUGCCUCCUGCCUGGUCCCUGGAGCCCGGGAGGGUCCCAGCGCAGUGCCUGGGGCGGGGAGGACGCAGGGGAGCCGGGCAGCACCUCCAGGCGGUUGAGCACAGCACGGGCGGCCCGCAGACCGGCCCGUUCGACCCCGCUUUGAUCCUCCUGCGGCCGGGCGUCACCCCUAGGGCGUGGGGUGCUUGUGUGCAGUGAGGAGGUGCCCCAGUCUUCAAAGCUGCUAAAUGUUCUCUUUGCCAUAAAGACUCCGUGUAACUGUGUGAACACUUGGGAGUUCUCUCCCCUGGCCCGAGGUCUUGCCUGCCUUUCUGGGUUUCUUUGUAGGAGGAGGGGAAGUGUGCCUCCUGGGUCGAGCACAGCCCCGGGCCCAGCCUCGGCCCGGCCCAGGCCGCGGGAGGUUGGGGACACCGACCUCUCCCCGCGCCCAGGGCUCCCAGCCAAGCAGCAGGGACAGGGGCAGAGCCUGGGAGUGCUUUUUAUAAAUUAUUUUCCUCGUAGAUUUUAUUUUUAAUUUAUCUCUGUGACCUGCCAGGGAGAGGAGAGAAAAAGAAAGAGGGAUGCUGUGAGCACAUGACAAAAUAAAAUAAAAUAAAAUGGAUGAUUCA